GACGCGGAUACCGACUGGGGAAGGAGACGGCGAGCGGCGAGGCUGCUGCUGUCCCGUGCGAACCCCGCACCGCUUCUGCUCAGCCCGGGCUUCCUGCGCCUGCCGGAGCUCCCGGCCGCCGGUCCCCGCUCUCCUCGCUUUGCCGGAGAUGCUUGAGGCCUCUCUGGUCUGACAUCUGUGACUAGCUGUCACUGAAGAACUACACAUGACAGAACCUGAACGCUAUACAGAAUACGGAAUUACAGAAUACAGCUUUUGAGCUCAUACCCCACAGUUUCUGGAAAUAAAAAUCACAAAGCAAUCCAACACAUUUUCAUCCAGGAGUGUAAACCAAGACUGAAUUUCCAAGGCCUGGACAUCUUCUCUGAUUUUCAUUCUGUGUUCUUGCGGAAAAGAUGUCAAAAAACACAACAGAGAAUUCAACUAACCCUCACUCAGCUCUUCUAGGUCUGUUCCUGGGAAGCAUUUCACUGACCACUGUUGUCAUGAAUAUAUUAGUACUAUGUGCUGUGAAAACUGAGAAGAAGCUGCAAACAGUUGGCAAUUUAUACAUUAUCAGCCUCUCUAUUGCAGAUCUUAUAGUUGGUGCAGCUGUUAUGCCCCUGAAUAUUGUUUAUCUCCUAAGUCCUGUGUGGACUCUAGGCUUACCAGCCUGUUUGUUCUGGCUGUCAAUGGAUUACGUGGCCAGUACUGCAUCCAUUUUCAAUCUCUUCAUAUUGUGCAUUGACCGUUAUCGUUCAGUUCAGCAACCACUGAAAUAUCUCAAGUAUAGAACAAAAAUGAGAGCAUCGCUAAUGAUUUUGGGGGUUUGGUUGCUCUCUUUCAUGUGGGUCAUUCCAAUCCUAGGAUGGCAUGUUUUUGCUAAUAAUGGGGAAAGGAAAGUAAAGGAAAACAAGUGUGAAACUGAAUUCUCUGAAGUCACAUGGUUUAAAGUGUUGACAGCCAUUGUGAAUUUCUACCUACCCUCUAUCGUGAUGUUAUGGUUCUACUAUAAAAUAUUCAGAACUGUUCGAAAACACUGUCAACACCGAGAGCUCAUCAAUGGAUCAUAUCGGUCCCUCUCAGAAAAAAGCCCCAUAUCUCAUAGUAAGAUGAAGGAUGAACAAAGUAUUUGCCUCCAAAAGCAAAUCGUAGAUGAGAACACCCCUCCCAAAGACAAGCAAAGCUCCCUUCAGCCCAAAAAUACGGAGGCAGAGCUUCAUUUCAGUAAACCUGACAAGUCUUCAAAGGCAUUUGUUAGCGAGAGUAAUAGGAAAGUUCUUAAAUGGAGCUGUUUUCCUCUCGCCACUGUCAAGUCUGAGCCAGGUGUGGAUAAAGCAGGAAAGAAGGGCGUGCAUGUAACAGAAGAGAACAAAAAAGAAGAGGAGCCGUGCUCACAAGACAGUGACUUAAGUGAUGCAUCAGAUAGCCAUACUUUCACAGAGGAGGCACCCUCUAGAGAGAACUCCAGGCCUAACCCUGAAAGAGCCUGCAGUCCUCAGGAAAAGACUGAGAACAGGGAUUUCAGAGGACUGACUUACCUGAGGAAAACCUGGCAAAGUCUGCAUACCCAUUCCAAAAGGGACUUUCAAGGACUGCAUAGGAACAGGGAGAGGAAAGCAGCUAAGCAGUUAGGGGUCAUAAUGGCAGCCUUUAUGCUGUGCUGGAUUCCCUAUUUUGUAUUAUUUAUGGUAAUAGCUUUCCAUGGCCAUGAACAAUUUUCUAAAUUACACAUGUUCACUAUAUGGCUUGGCUAUGUGAACUCCACCUUAAAUCCAUUCCUGUAUCCUCUUUGUAACCAGAAUUUCAAGAAGACAUUCAAAAAGAUUCUUCACAUUCACUGAUAUUGGUCUGACUUUUUUGGAGCUAAAAAGCAGCUCAAGAGUUCAAUCAAACAAAAUGUUCCAGUUCCAAAGAUGAACACCAUGGGUAAAGUAGACGACCUUGGAAAAGUGUAAUUUAUAAACGUGUUAGUAAAAGUGGGAAACGUAUUUAACGGCUUUAACACAUUUGAAGAAGAACUAAUUCAGAUCAGGAAUCUGAAAAACUCAGGGGCAAUCUCAGAACUGUUACACUGUUGUACACAUUUUACAAUUUGAGAUUAGCUCUUUCAUCAUGUAGAACAAAAACUGGAGAUACAAACAGAGAUCUUCAGUGAUUAUAAAUUAUUCAGCUCCAGAAAAGUAAUAAAUAGAAUAACAUUUCUGUGAUUGGCCAAAUAUAUAUUUCUCUUUCAACUUACUCCAUUAGACACGAGAACACAUUGCUUGUGAAGUGCGAUCUGCAAGUGGAGGUACUUUGCAUCAUCAAAGAAAGAAGCUUCAAUGGUUUUAAAAAAUUCUACCCUAUUUAUUUAUAGCUUCCCUCAAAUGAUAAACUUUUUUGAAAUGUCAAGUAAUAUUGUAACCUACCAUAUCUCUUUGAUAUCAUGCUUGCUUCAUUUAUACUUGUACAUGUUAACUUCAAUGAAAAAGAAAAAAAAAGGUAUUUUUAUGUCCUUGAAAUUUUGCUAAGACUUCUCGUACUCAACAUACUAUCACUAUCUAUUCAAGAAGGGUAUGCUGUUGUUUCUAGACUUACAGAAUAUAGUUGAUUAUAGACUACACAUAUUUUCUUCCUUACAAAUAACCUACGCUUGCAGUGGCAAUGCUGAUCCAUAUAUCCUUAUUUUGUAGUAGGCAAACUUCUUACUAUAAUGAGGCAAACUCAAGAGCAACAACUCAAGCUUGCAAAACAGAAAAUAAAAUACAUGCAGUGUGUUUACCCUUUCCAUUAUUUAUAUUUAAUUGCAUUUUAUAAAUCAUGCUGUAAAAUAUUUCAGGAGAAACACACAAUAAUAGAAUACUCUAGGUUGGAAGGGAUCUUAAGAAGACAUCUAAGUACAACCUACAGCUCCAAGCUGGGCUGGCUUUGACAUUACAUCAUGUUGCUGAGAGCCUCGUCCACAACUUGAAUGACAAGCAUCUGUAGAAACAGCUUCCUCUGGAAAAGCUGGGAGGCAGCCAGUUUGCAGAUAAGGUUCACUCUAUCAACUUUGAGCAUUCACUUGCGCAGCCAUUGAUGUAAUUGUUUCUAAGAACUAAUUCUCAAAAACAGACGUGCCCUGUUAUACAACAGGAAUCAGUCCCCUCUUCCUAAGUGCAGUCAGGUAUAAAUUUGUUCUAUAAAGGAAGAAAAGCAUAGUUCUUCACAAAAAAGUACACAGUGGCAUACGUUGCGUGAACUAACUUAUCAGGAAGCUUACAACUUCACAGAACAAUUACACCAAAAUAAAAAAAAAAAGACUAUACAAAUUGGAGAGUGGUGGGGAGAGUUGAGGCAGAGGACAUCUGAGGCCCUGUAUUAGCUGAGUAUCUCAAGACCGCAUACUGCCUGGUUUGUGGCACACCAGUAAAGCAGUCAUUCCUAUUCUUCUGCUAUGGAACUGACAGAAACAUUUUGAGCAAACACUGUGGAAUAUGUUAGUUUUAAGAAGAAAUCCCAGAACCAGAUAACUUCAACAGUUAAAGUCACAUUUGCAUGUAAUGGUGAGUUUAUGUAAGUCUUUUCCAUACAUUUUAGGAAGGAGGAUUAGAGAGGCAUCCUGAAGGUUCAAUGUAAAAAGAAUGUCAUCCCAUUCAUUUUGUUGUGCUGAUGAAUUUACCACUUCCUGAAUGCUUUCUUGCUUCUGAAAUUGCUCAGUUAGCUUGACAACAAAGUUCUGACGGAACUGGAACUCCUUCGACUGAGUACUGUCAAGAGUUUGGUGGGAGGAGUUGAAGGGGUGUUCUGUGUAAUAUCUUUAUUACAUCAGAAAUGAAAAAUUGUAGUUUAAUUGUUGGAGGAGAAAUUCUGAUUGCUAUGUUCUUAAUUAAUGAUCUUGAGCUACUUAGAGUCCCUCUGUGCCACGUGUGCCUAUUUUGUAAAGUGAAUAUGACAAGACUUACAGUAACAAUGCAACACUUAGGAUAAUGUUUGCAUGAUGCUCAUAAAUUUUGGAUAUAAUACACUAACUAAAUGCAAAGUAUUAUUAUCCUCUGUCAGUUUUACUUCUCUGAAUGACACAUCUGAAUGUCAAUAGUUGUAUUUAAAGUAUUCAGUAUUAAAUGAAGCCCUAAUA